CAACCUGUAACAGCAAGGGAAAGAUACCAGGAUAUCAAAGAGUUUGACAGGAAGAUAUCGCUGUUACCACCGAUCACCAAUUCGCACUACUCGACAUUGCACUCCGGCACCAACAACCUCUCAGUACAGAACACUAUCGCAGUAAAAGGACAUAACAAAUUGAGCAUACCUAGAAUCGUGAAGAAAUCCCACGCGACCACCCGCUGAACAUUAUAGCCGCCAAUAGAACGUGUCUACCGCAGAAAUGGACCCGCAAACCCCUCUCCCACACAACACUGCCUCCCACCUCUCCACCUCAACCCCCGCUCCCACCUCCUCCACCACCACAGCACCCCACCCACCCCUUUCCCCCCUCGAAUCCGCUCUCCUCUCAGAAUACACCUCCCUCUCACAAAACCUCACCCAACUAAACACAACAAUUGCAUCCCUUGCAAACACCCCCACGGCACAAAUCCUCGACGAACUGCGGAGUUUGGAGAGGAAAACGGGGUUGGUGUUUACGUUGUUUAAGGCGAGUGUUUAUGCAAUUGUUAUGCAGAAUGAGGAGAUGGCUGGGGCUGAGGGGGAGGAAGGCGAGGGAGAGGGGGAGGAGAGUCGGGUUUUGGGGGAAAUGUGAGGAGAUGGGAUGGUAGGAUAUAAACGAAGAUGAAACCACGCACGGUCCGAGUAAGGCGAAGGAAGUAGGAAAGUCUGAUAAUGAUAUACCCGAGCGAUAUACAAUCUCACAUAAUAAUACGCACUUCCACUCACGAACAUCAGUAUCCACUAUACACACCACCGUCAGAUCCCCUCCCGCCUCCUCGCUCCUGACCCCGACUACCCCCCUACAAGCGUAAAUCCCCUCCGCACUCUCGUGUCUCCGCUGUCUUGGCUUCGGCCUGGACCAUACCAAAUCCUCGCAGAUCUCAAGUUCUGAAUAUUACCCUCCGGAGCUAGCUCAGCCCGAUCGAAGCGCUCCUUCAAUCUCCCAUCCCCCUCGACCACCGCUGCCAUCACGGUGACCGUGUGAUCGUAUUCCUCACCGAACUGUGACACGUACAGGUA